ACUGAUGAAAUAUAUGUCCGUUUAAACGCGUUUAAAAGCCAAUAGACAAGCACUAUUGAUUACGGGUACUAUAUAAAGACAUACCUGUAUAAACAUCUUUAUUCUCGUCUGAUGACUCUUACGAAUCAGUGACGCGAAUUAUUGCACAGUGGAUACAAGCCAUUUGCAACACGAUUUUGGCAGAGUCCCUUAGUUUGGCGAAAGUAGUGAAAUAUGUUCAUCCCGGCUGGAGUUCGUUUACUCAUACCAUUGAUAGUGUCAUUCUUCUAUGGGGAAGUCUCGACGAACAUCAUCAACGCCAAUAGCUAUAAUAAGCCGUUAAAUUUUUCCUGUCAGAGCGGUGAUUUCUUGAAAAACAUAUCAAGCAUUCAUAGCAACAAACAUGAGGACAGAAAAUGGUCAUUUACUUGCCACCAACUCCCUACUGACAUCAUAACAGAGAGAUGUACUUGGACAGCCUAUUUUAUAAAUCGGUUUGAUCGACCAAUGUUGUACCAAUGUCCCGGAGAUUCAUUCAUCAACGGUUUCCGAAGUUUCCACCGCGACCGUGAGGAAGACAGGAUAUGGAAAGUCCAGUGCUGCCACAUGAGAGGCUAUCAUAGAAACAACUGUGGUUUUACAUGGUACCUCAACCAUUUUGACGGACAGUUACAGUAUUCCGUACCGGAUGGCAAAUAUAUCCAUGGAAUUCACAGUAUCCAUAACAACUAUUUUGAGGACCGUAUAUUUGCAUUUGAAGCCUGCAGCUUUGUUAAAGACAACACUUGCGAGACUAAAUAGACUGUGGCCAACGGCUCGACAAUUUAUGGGCAUCAGACCAACGUUACUGAAAGGAAAGUGGUCAACGCGACAAGUGUUUAUGCCUCAUUCAUAAUAAAUCUUUAAUCAAGCAUA